UUUAAUUGCAAUUUAUUGUAAAGCAAUGGCCGCAUUGGAAGAGAAAUAUACGAAAUAUCUAAAUGAGAUCGGAAUAUUGCCGCGUCUGCUCGAAAUAAUGGAGAAAUUGGUGGAUUUGGAUCCACUGCCCGCGGACCCGCUUAUGGAAAUUCUGGACGCCCUCGGUUGCCAGCUCAUACCGCAGGCUCAAAUGAAGUCGCUGGAAAAGAAGGUAUCGCGCGCACAGGAUGAGCUGCGCUAUCUGCGUCGUGUGCUGAUCGAGCUCGGCGGACAAGACGUGCUGUACGAUAGCGACACGGAUGAGGACGAAUACGUGGGCCAAGUUACCGAGAUGGGAGUUACGCCGCUGUACACUCCCACCACCAGCGAGGACGACAGCUCGACGUCCCAGUAUAUUUUGGAAGCUUCGAUUUCAGUCAGCGAGCAGCAGCAGCGGCAGCAACACGAGCAGGAGCAACAGCCCUGCUGCAGCCAUGAUCUGCGGAUCAAUGCGCACCAUUUCUAGAAGAAUCCAUUUAUGUAUCGAGUACAUAUAGAUCCAUUAUGUAUACACAUAUACAUACAUACUUUUAACUCUUAACUGCGCUGGCAGUUGCUCAACAUUUACAUUUCUUCACUAUUUAGAGAAAUUUAUUUAACUAUUGCAUUAGUUAAGACAGCGCCAGAUCGUUGCACAUUAUAUAAAACUA